UUCAAAAAAAAAAAAAUAGGAGUGCACAUUAAAACCCGUGCGAACUGUUUAGCAGGUGCGUUCCUUGGAGUGAGUAGUACGUGUUAACUGCAACCAUCACCAUCAUCUUAGCCUUUUGCCUGUCUGUUGUCUCACGUUACCGGCCGCUGGCGGUCAGUAAUCAGAGUAAUUAGAAGUAAGUGGUAAGCUCAGGCCCGUGUAAGCACAGUCUAUUUCUUUUUUCUUCUGUAGGUCAGGGCUUGGUGAACAUUGCUUCACUGCACUUGCAUGAAGCUCUUUCAAAGUUGGUCACUCACCAAAUGUUGUGCAAAGAAUUAGGAUUGACUGCUAUCCUUACUCCCUCAAACUUGAGGCUCCUUGUUGUGACAAGCUGUAUACUUGCCGGUUGUGUCAUGAUAACAAUGAAGAUCAUCAGCUAGAUCGCUUUAAAGUAAAGGAAGUGCAGUGUAUCAACUGUGAAAAAAUUCAACAUGCCCAACAGACUUGUGAAGAAUGUAGCACCUUAUUCGGAGAGUAUUAUUGCAGUAUAUGCCAUCUGUUUGACAAAGAUAAGAAGCAGUAUCAUUGUGAAAACUGUGGAAUUUGUAGGAUUGGUCCGAAAGAAGACUUUUUCCACUGUUUGAAAUGUAACUUAUGCUUAGCUAUGAAUCUUCAAGGAAAACAUAAGUGUAUUGAAAAUGUUUCCCGGCAGAAUUGUCCAAUAUGUUUGGAGGACAUUCACACAUCCCGAGUUGUCGCUCAUGUCUUGCCAUGCGGACAUCUUUUACAUAGAACAUGUUAUGAAGAAAUGCUGAAAGAAGGCUACCGCUGUCCGCUGUGCAUGCACUCUGCUCUCGAUAUGACGCGGUACUGGAGGCAGCUGGACGACGAGGUGGCGCACACCCCCAUGCCGUCCGAGUACCAGAACAUGACUGUGGACAUUCUCUGCAAUGACUGUAAUGGACGAUCGACUGUCCAGUUCCAUAUUUUAGGCAUGAAGUGUAAGAUCUGUGACUCCUACAAUACUGCUCAAGCUGGAGGACGUAGAAUUUCACAAGAUCAGGAUCAGCAAUGACCAGCAUAUACUUAACUGGAAAUGUCAGCGUUUUGUGAUAUAGAAAAACCUCUGUGGAAAAGUAUUCUGUUGUCAUAAUGUGUCAUAAUCUAUGCAUUAGAGUUGAUGUUUUAUACUAGUGUCAAGGCAUAAAAUCAUAUUCCAAGUACUUAAGGAUUCAGGGUCUCUUUCUAGACUUAUAACUAUAUUGAAUGAAAGCCUCUGAUUGUGGUUUGGUUGGAAAUUCCUUUAAUUUGGAAGCCAGUGAUGUUUGCCACUGAUACAUUCCUAGAUGCAUAUUAUAUUUUCAUGGAACUUUGUUUUAAGUGACACUAUGCACGCAGGUUUCAUUUCUAGUUCUUGAUAGAACUAAACUUAAUUCUAAGUAGUAUUCUUGACUUAGAGGGCUGUGAGAAUUAGUUCUACCAUAAUGUUAAAAUCUAAUUACAUAGGCUUUUGAAUUUUUUUUUAAAGCAUUCCUUUGGAUCAGUAUAAGUGAGUUUUGAUGUAAUAAGUGCUAAUAAAAUUAUAUUGAAACAUUGUUUUACAGAAA